GAGGGGGAGGGCCUGGCCGGCGGACGGGACGGGAGGAGCUGCCGGCGCCGCAGCCAGAGCUGACAGCGAGGAGUGAGUGAGGAUGGCGGCGGAGCUGACGGCCGAGGAGGAGCAGGCCACCAAACAGUUCCUGGAGGAGAUCAACAAGUGGACAACUCAACAUGGCAUCUCUCCUCUUUCCUGGAAUGCCGCAGUCAAGUUCCUCAUGGCCAGAAAGUUUGACGUGUUCCGUGCCGUUGAGCUCUUCCACUCAUACCGGGAUACAAGGUUGAGAGAAGGCAUCGUAAAGUUGAAGCCUCAUGAAGAGCCGCUUCGAUCCGAGCUGCUGAGCGGCAAGUUCACCAUCCUGAGUGUACGCGAUCCGUCAGGGGCUUCCAUUGCCCUUUUCACUGCCAAGUUACACCAGCCCAACAAAACCCUGCAGCACGUGGUCUUGCAAGCGUUGUUCUACCUGCUGGAUCAAGCCAUCGAAAGCUUUGAAACUCAAAGAAAUGGUCUGGUGUUCAUUUACGACAUGGCUGGCUCGGCAUACACCAAUUUUGAGUAUGACCUUAGCAAGAAAAUCCUUCACCUUUUGAAGGGAGCCUUUCCCGCUCGAUUGAAAAAAGUAUUCAUUGUCGGCGCACCUGUGUGGUUUCGAUUCCCGUAUUCCGUUCUCAGCUUAAUUCUUAAAGAAAAGCUUCGGGAAAGAGUCCAGAUGGUGAAGACCUUUGAGUUGAAGCUCUACCUGCCCAGGGACUGCCUGCCCGAGCAUUUGGGCGGCAGCCUGAAGAUGGACCAUUCCAGCUGGAACAAGCAGUUCCUCACCUCGCCAAAGGGACGCAGUGACUCGCUGGACGAGCUGAUCGCCGGCUUCCCCAAGGACGAGGUGUCGGUGCACGUGCCGGGGCUGGAGGGGAUGACGGUGGAGGAGCUGCUGGAGCACGUCAACACCGUGCAGAAGAGCGGCAUCUUCGAGGAGUACGAGGACAUCCGGCGGGAGACGCCUUCAGGCACAUUCAACUGCUCGCUACAGCCGUACAACCAGCAGAAGAAUCGAUACGGGGAUGUACUGUGCCUGGACCAGACCAGAGUGAAGUUGAAGCCUCUCAAUCAUGAUGAGAGAACAGAUUAUAUCAAUGCCAGCUUCAUGGAUGGGUACAAGCAAAAGAAUGCCUACAUUGGCACUCAAGGACCAUUGGAAAAGACAUACAACGACUUCUGGAGAAUGGUGUGGGAACAGCAUGUCCUCGUCAUAGUCAUGACCACAAGAAUUGACGAGAGCGGCAGGAAAAAGUGUGGCCAGUACUGGCCGUUGGAUCACAAUGUUCAGAGCAACUAUGGACUUAUCUCAGUCAAAAACCUGGAAAUAGAAAGCUUCAAACAUUUUAACAAAACAACACUAGUGAUUCAGAAUGUAGAGACCCAUGAGAGGCGGCAGGUGAUCCACUUCCAGUACGUGAGCUGGCCGGAUUACGGGGUGCCGUCGUCCGCCGCCGCGCUCAUCGACUUCCGGUCGGCCGUGCGGCUGCAGCAAGGCCACUCCAUCCGUAACCUGGGCAACCGCUGGAAGGGCCACCGCGGAGGACCCCCCAUAGUCGUCCACUGCAGUGCCGGCAUAGGCAGAACAGGCACCCUCUGCACCUUGGACAUCUGCCUCUCCCAGCUGGACGACGUGGGCACGCUGAACGUCUACCAGACAGUGCGGAGGAUGAGGACGCAGAGAGCCUUCAGCAUCCAGACCCCCGACCAGUAUUACUUCAGUUACACCGCCAUCAUCGAGCAUGCCCAGAGGCACAACCUGCUGUCUGCCAGCUAUUAACAGGAGCGCUGCCUCUUCUCAUCACUCCCUCCCUCCCCCCCCCCCCCU